AUGGGGCCGGCGGGAGGUCGGCACGGCUUUUACGUGGGGCUGGGGUUGGCUUUGGCUUCCAGCGUCUUCAUCGGGGGCAGCUUUAUCCUGAAGAAGAAGGGGCUGCUCCGCCUGUGCGGCCGCGGUCGUCCCAGGGCAGGGCACGGAGGGCACGCGUACCUGCGGGAGUGGCUGUGGUGGGCAGGGCUGCUGUGCAUGGGAAUUGGAGAAGCAGCAAAUUUUGCUGCCUAUGCCUUUGCCCCUGCAACGCUGGUAACUCCGCUGGGUGCUCUGAGUGUCCUCGUUAGUGCGGUUCUGUCUUCCACCUUCCUGAAUGAGCAGCUGAAUGUUCAUGGCAAGAUUGGCUGUGUCCUAAGCAUCCUGGGCUCCACGGUGAUGGUAAUCCACGCUCCUCAGGAAGAAGAGGUUUCCAGCCUGGAGUCGAUGGCAGAGAAGCUGAAAGAUCCAGGAUUCAUUGUGUUUGCUGUGUGCGUCCUGGUGAGCUCCCUCCUGCUCAUCUUUGUGGCUGGACCCCGUUACGGACGGAGCAACGUCUUGGUUUAUGUUUUGGUCUGCUCUGCCAUCGGCUCACUUUCUGUAUCGUGUGUCAAAGGCUUGGGGAUUGCCCUGAAAGAACUGUUUGCUGGGAAGCCAGUCCUGAAAGAACCGCUGGGCUGGGUGCUUCUGGUGUGCCUGGUGAUCUGCAUCAGCGUGCAGAUCAACUACCUGAACAAAGCCCUGGAUAUCUUCAACACAUCCGUGGUCACUCCCAUUUACUAUGUGCUGUUCACCACCUCAGUCAUGACAUGUUCCGCCAUCCUCUUCAAGGAGUGGCAACACAUGGUGCUAGACAACAUCAUUGGCACCAUCAGCGGCUUCCUCACCAUCGUGUCUGGCAUCUUCCUCCUUCACGCCUUCAGGGACGUGCCCUUCAGCCCAGACCUCCUGCCCCUCUUCCUGCAGCAAGGCAGGGCAGACCUGCGCACGGCAUGGAGGGGCGCAGACAGACAUCACUCGUGUCAGCACCAGCCUCUUCUGCCCUCCGAGGACAAAAGCUCUCAGAGCACAGAAGAGGAGGAAGGUGAAAGUGUAUGAGGGAGCUUCUGA